CAAGCAACGCAAAUGCCGUUCCAUCGAUUACUUUCGUAAAUGUUCCGAUCGUUAACCUCCCUCUCUUGUUCUUCUUCGCUCCUCCUCCCUCCCUCCCUCCGUGUCUCGGCCACGAUCGUGUCAGUCGGUUGUUCUCGAUUCAUCCUGUUUUGGGGUCGUCGCCGUCAGAGGCCAGCUGUCAAACAGAAACAAACAAGUUAAAGAAAGCUGCGUCUCUCUAUGGGCGAUUCGUUUGGCGUAUAAACAAAUGUCAGUGUCUCGAUUCGAGCCAUCAGCCAUCGUUGGAUGAACUGAGAUCUCUCCAUCUCUCCACAUACCGCAAUCCCCUUCCCUCUCCACCUCUUCCGAUCCGGAGACAGGCGAAGCGAAGAGGCGCAUCGGUAUCCGAGGUACGUUUUGUUUCUCUGGCUGACUGUGUUCGUCGAUCUGACUCCGGUGACGGCUCGCGAUCCGGUUUAUGUUCUUGCCCAAUUCGCACUUCUCGACAUCUGCUCUGUUAUUUGAACCAUGGUGGCGUGUCUGGUAUCUUCGUCUCCACGGUCCUUACUUGAAUCGGCAUGUUCUCGGCUUCGCCCUGGGGACGAGAAGUGAGACGUUUAACGCUGCGCACUAAUUGAAGGAAAAAAGAAUGAAGAACAAAGAUACUAAAUCAUCAGCAUAUCACGAUACAAGUUCUAGGAUCAUCCCGAUGACUAUAAUGCUCAUUGUCCUAUGUGGAUUUUCAUUCUAUCUUGGAGGCAUCUAUUUCUCUGAAAAAAAUAGAUUCUUUAAACAGGAUGUUGCACCAGCGAUUCUGCAUAAGCAAUCUGUAGUAGCUCCUCUUCGGAUUGAAUCUGUGGAAUUCCCUGAGUGCAGUAGUGACUAUCAAGAUUACACACCAUGCACAGACCCCAAGAGAUGGAAGAAGUAUGGCAACUACAGGCUUAGUUUUAUGGAGCGCCAUUGCCCGCCAAUGGUUGAGAGGAAAGAAUGUUUAGUACCACCUCCUGCUGGGUAUAAGGUACCUAUCAGAUGGCCAAAGAGCAGAGAUCAAUGUUGGUACAGAAAUGUUCCAUAUGAUUGGAUAAACAACCAGAAAUCAAAUCAGCACUGGCUUAGAAAAGAAGGAGAAAAGUUCAUUUUUCCAGGUGGAGGUACUAUGUUUCCCAAUGGAGUUGGUGCUUAUGUUGACCUGAUGCAAGAUCUUAUUCCUGGAAUGAAGAAUGGAACUAUCCGAACUGCCAUUGAUACAGGGUGUGGGGUUGCAAGCUGGGGUGGUGAUUUGUUAGAUCGUGGAAUUUUAACUGUUUCUCUUGCACCCAGAGAUAAUCAUGAGGCUCAAGUACAGUUUGCCCUUGAACGUGGCAUUCCAGCAAUUUUAGGCAUCAUUUCUACUCAACGUCUCCCAUUCCCAUCAAAUUCAUUUGAUAUGGCACACUGCUCCAGAUGUCUUAUUCCAUGGACAGAAUUUGAUGGAAUUUAUCUGCUAGAAAUACACCGAAUACUUCGACCUGGUGGCUUCUGGGUACUCUCUGGCCCUCCAGUAAACUAUGAAAACAGAUGGCGUGGAUGGAACACUACAGUGGAAGAACAGAAAGCCAAUUUUGACAAAAUAAAAAAAUUGUUAACCAGCAUGUGCUUCAAACUCUACCAAAUAAAGGAUGACAUUGCCGUGUGGCAGAAAUCUGUAGAUAACAGUUGCUAUGAUCAACUCAAUCCAUCUUCUUUUCCACCAAAAUGUGAUGACAGCAUGGAUCCAGAUUCAGCAUGGUACAUACCACUUAGAACUUGCUUGAAUGUUCCAAGCCAAAAGUUGAAGAAGUUGGCACUAAAAUCUGCUCCAAGAUGGCCCAAACGGCUGCAUAUGGCUCCAGAAUGUAUUGCUGUGGUCCCUGGUGGGAAUUCUGGUGGAUUCAAGCAUGAUGACAGCAAGUGGAAGGUGAGAGUAAAACAUUAUAAGACACUGCUUCUGGCCCUUGGAAGUGAUAAAAUCCGAAAUGUUAUGGAUAUGAAUACACUAUACGGAGGAUUUGCAGCAGCACUCAUCAGUUAUCCUGUGUGGGUAAUGAAUGUUGUCUCCUCAUAUGGUCCAAAUUCUCUCGGUGUGGUCUAUGACAGGGGGCUCAUAGGAACCUACCAUGAUUGGUGUGAGGCAUUUUCAACAUAUCCUCGAACAUAUGACCUCCUGCAUUUUGAUGGGCUAUUUACUGCAGAAAGUCACAGGUGUGAGAUGAAAUAUGUGCUCCUCGAGAUGGAUCGUAUUCUGCGUCCAAAUGGGUACGUGAUAAUUCGUGAGUCAAACUAUUUCGUUGAAGCGAUAGCAAGCAUUGCCAAAGGCAUUCGAUGGGAUUGCCAGAAACAUGACACAGAAUACAAUGUAGAGAAGGAGAAGCUCUUAAUAUGUCAGAAGAAACUAUGGUAUGCAAAACAAGGUCAGCAGUUAGAAACCAAAUCUUAGUAUUCAAUCCUGAAAUAGAAACAUAGCCAAAAAAAAAAAAUCAUUAGAAGCACUCCACUAUUAAAAACAUAAAAAAAAGAUUUCCAUAAUGUUCCUCGUAUCAUGCUUGGGCACACUUGAAAUUUUACAAUUGGAGGGACGGCCUGUCCUGACUGCUAAUACCUUUAUGACAGUCACAAAAGUUACUGGAAUAAUAGUUCUUCGAAGUUUCAAUUCGUCAUAUAUUCCUUUUAGAAGGAUUUAAAAUUUGUUUUGGAGGGUGGGAUUCAGGGUUUAAAAUGUAGUUGUAUUGUGUAUAUUAGAUAAGUAUGUGAGGCCUUGACUUGGAUAGGAUGAGCUUUACAAUACAGCGAAUUGUAUGUUUCUGGUGUCAUAAGGUGUAUCUCAACUUUUUAGUGUUGCAAUUUGCUUCGAGAUUGUAUACCAUGUCAUGUUUGUAACUGAAUUGACUAUUAUUUUGUUGGAAUAUUAAAUUAAACUUGAUGAUUUGAUACAA